ACCCCUACCGUAAAUGCUGCUUAGUCAUCAAUGUACAAGCGAGUCGUCGGAUGAAAACCUCGGCAACGCCCAGUGAGAUCUGCCUAUAAAGAGCGAGGAGCCGAGCACCUGUCGUCAAACUGCACCAGACUCCUGACAACAGAUUUGAAUUGAAGCCGGAGAGGACCGUCAUCAUGACUCGUGUCCUCCUCGUCCUCCUCGUCCUCUCGCUGACGGCCAUCCCUCCAAGUGCGGCUGCGGAUGAAGCUCAAACAGACGAAUCUUCCGACGUCUCUGAAAUCAUCGCAACAGUCAAUGACGGCAUACCAAACCUGAUCCACGGCGACAUUGUGCCUAAUCGAAAGAGGAACGCCGCAUCCUGCACAUCCAGCGGCUGCAAGUGGCCUAAAAAUGGAAAUUAUGUCUAUGUGCCGGUCUCCAUCUCCUCCACUUACAGCCGUGCACAGCGCAGCAUCAUCAUAAGAAGCCUGGUGAGCUUCCAUAGAUCCACCUGCAUUCGCUUUGUCUGGCGCAGAUGGUAUCAUAGGUCGUACCUCAACUUCUUCUCUGGAUCUGGGUGCUGGUCUUACGUGGGCCGCGUGGGCGGAGCACAGCUGGUCUCCCUCAGGAAAAACGGCUGCUUGUACACGAGCACGGUGCAGCACGAGGUGCUCCACGCGCUCGGCUUCCACCACGAGCACGUCCGCUCCGACAGGGACUCCUACGUUGAAAUCCUCACCCAGAACAUUCAGUCAGGGAGGGAGAACAACUUCCAGAAGGCGCAGACUAACAACUUGGGAACUCCCUACGACUUCGGCUCGGUCAUGCAGUACAGCAACAACGCCUUCUCCAAAAACGGACAGCCGACCAUCGUCGCCAGGAAGGAUCCCAACCUCAAGUUUGGAAACGCCAAAGAAAUGAGCACUAACGACAUUGCACGCAUCAACAGGCUUUACAAAUGCCGAAGUUGAUGUCAGGUGGAACGGGUCGCCCUCCAGAUACUUCACCUGUGGAUCAUCAUGAUCUCUGUAGAACAGCAACAAUAUUAGUCUAUACCAACAGAAAAUGUGCUGCGUACCUGUUCAUAUGUGAUGGAUCAUGAUACAUUGUGAAAGCUAUUUUUUUUUCUUAAUAUAAUGGGACUUGAUUAAAUACUAAGUGUGUGCAGCACCCGCAGGGAGAUAUGACGGCGUCUACAGCCAAAAAAGAUUGUCGAUAUUGUAUUAUUUGAUAUAUUAUUUUCGGUUGAGGGGGGUCAAGGGUUCUUUAUACAAGAAAUGUAGCCAUUUCAUAAUCAAUGACUUUGUAUCAAAUGUGACAUUUCUUCAAUUAAAUCAACCAAAGCAAA